GGAGACUGGAAACAUAACUCCACGCUCAUUCUCUCUCUUUCUCCCACCACUCCCCACAUAUUUAUGUUAAAUCAUAAUGUUUAGUAUUCAUUAUAUUUCUUUCCAAAACAUUAUUAUAAAAAUUACAACAUGUUUUGAUCAUAACACCAUGUAUUAAUACCUACACCCUAUCUCCACAUGGGCAGAAACUUCAACAUUAAAACCCAACCCAUUUUACAUUGGAUGCAUUCCUCCCUCCAAAAACCAAGAAAGAGAGUGCAGUUAUUACUUAAGAGAAAUAGAACAGAAGCAGAAGCAGUAGAAUAGAAGCAAGUAUUCAUUUUGUUUGUCAUUUUAGUCUUUCUAAACCUUGGAAAUGGUGAUUUAACCAUUAUUAAGCCAACCCCAAAAAUACCCAAAAGAAAAUAUAUUGAUAUCUUUUUUUGUUGGGUACAUAUUUCUUGGUGACAUCUACUAUGAAGAAAUGGUGUUAAGUGUGUUUUUAUGGGAAAACCCAAGGAGCAAUAAACAAGAAAAACAAGAAAAAGAAGAAGAAGAAUACAUUUUUGACCAUUACACAAGAAAAGGAAGAAGAAGAAGACAACAUCAUCAAUGUAGACAAGAAGAAGUGGAGGAAAACAGACAAAGUAGUACAAACACAAGUUAUACUAAUAUUUCUUCAACUAGUAUGGAAUUUAGCUGCUUCUUGAAGAUUUCUACAAUCAUUUACUUGUUUGUUAUCUUUCUCUUUCUUUCUUCUUCCCUGAUUUCCCCUGUUCAUUCGGCCUCCGAAUCCGACAUUGCCAAUAAAUCCAGCAAUCAUACACAGAGUUUUCGUCCUGGUGAAGAGAUUCAUAAGUUGAAAAAAAUCAGAGAACAUCUUCAGAAGAUCAAUAAAACUCCCGUUAAAACUAUUCAAAGUGUAGAUGGAGAUCUUAUAGAUUGUGUGGCAGCACAUCAACAACCAGCAUUUGAUCACCCAAUGUUGAGAGGUCAAAAGCCAUUGGAAGCACCAGAGAGGCCAAAAGGGCAUGAAAGAGAAGGAAAUAGAAAUAUGUUUGAAGAAAGCUUUCAAUUAUGGCAUGUAACAGGAGAGACAUGUGACGAAGGGACAAUUCCAAUUAGAAGAACAAAUGAAGAAGAUAUGAUGAGAGUUAGUUCUAUUAGAAGAUUUGGAAGGAAAAAACCCAGAAGAAUUAGAAGAGAUUCUGGUGGUUCUGAUCAUGAGCAUGCAGUGGGAUACGUAUCUGGACAGCAAUAUUAUGGAGCAAAGGCCAGUUUAAAUGUGUGGUCACCUAAAGUGACUAAUCCCUAUGAAUUUAGCUUAUCACAAAUGUGGGUUAUUUCAGGAUCCUUUGGUGAUGAUCUUAACACAAUUGAAGCUGGUUGGCAGGUUAGCCCAGAGCUAUAUGGGGACAACUAUCCUAGGUUCUUUACUUAUUGGACUAGCGAUGCUUACCAAGCCACGGGAUGCUACAACUUGCUAUGCUCUGGCUUUGUUCAAACUAAUAGUAAGAUUGCUAUUGGAGCUGCAAUCUCACCAACAUCUUCAUACAAAGGAGGACAGUUUGAUAUCAGCUUGUUAAUAUGGAAGGAUCCUAAGCAUGGAAAUUGGUGGCUCGAAUUCGGAUCCGGAAUUUUAGUCGGGUAUUGGCCUUCAUUUUUGUUCACCCACUUACGUGACCAUGCAAGUAUGGUUCAAUUUGGAGGAGAAAUAGUGGAUUCAAGGACAGGAGGUUUCCACACUUCAACACAAAUGGGAAGUGGUCAUUUUGCUGGGGAAGGCUUUGGAAAAGCUUCAUAUUUCCGAAAUUUGCAAAUUGUAGAUUGGGGAAAUAGUUUAAUACCAUUGUCCAACCUCAAAGUUUUGGCAGACCAUCCAAAUUGUUAUGAUAUAAGAGGUGGAAUUAAUAAUGUUUGGGGUAACUAUUUUUAUUAUGGAGGACCAGGAAGAAAUGUUCGGUGUCCCUAGCAAAGGGCACAUCAGUGAAAUUUUUUUUGGGGUGUCUUAGGUUGGGGUUGUCAAAAUUGUUCAUGGGUUUUGGGCUAUUUCUAAAGUUUUUUUUUUACUUUAUUUUCUUUCUUUAUAUAAAUUUUGGUUCUUAAUUAGUAAUAGGUGAUCAAUUAAUCACAAUGCUUGUAGGAAGCCUUUUGUGUAAAUUUUAUUGCGGAAAGGAAAAAGUGAAUAUAGUAUGGUUUGUCCUCUUUA